AACAACAAAGGUCAUACAAAUUAGAGUAAUCAUGGUCUCAACAAAUAUUCAAGGGGAAGGAACAAAUUGACCACUUAAUUUUGCCUCUGAAAAGUUCAUACACACAUUGGAGAUAAUGCAUCUGAACAAAUGAAGUGCUUAAUAAAUAAUUAGACAAAGCUACUACUGAUACAACAAUGUAGGAAUACACUUGUAUACUGUCUAUGUACUGAACACCAGCAAUGUCUACUACAGUUGUGUCAACUGAAACAACCAUUGCAGCAGAAACUACAACAUUAGGUCUAAUUACAACAACAGAAACUACAACAUUAGGCCUAAAUACUACGGCAGGAAUUACAACAUCAGGUCUAAAUACAACAACAGGAAUUACAACAUUAGGAGUGAAUUCAACAGUAGGAAUUACAACAACUAUACUUACAACAACAACAAAUGGGGGACUUGCAGCUACAACAGGACCAGAUAUAUGGCAGUUGUACUUCCUUGAUGAGUUUCUUCCUGGCACAGGGAUUCCACUGUGGGUGAAUUGGUUCUGGAUUGGCAUAUUGCUCAUUGCAGUGGUCACCUUGACAGUGUGUUUAUGUUGUAAAGCAAAUACCAUUAUAGAGGCUGAGCAGAUAAAAAAGGAACCCAAGCCCAAACCCAUUGCAGUUGCUCCAGUGAAGGUUCCUGAAAUAGUUGUUAACAUUGAUCUGAAUGAACUCAAUCCAUAUCCCCAAAACACUGCUAAUGAACCAAAGGCUGCGACUAACAAACAAGAAUUAGUCAUGGAGAAUAAUAAAGUUCUUGUCACUAAAAACAACAGCAAAUGGAAAAAUACAACUGCAAAAGUUGUCAACAUUAACAAGGUUAUUUCUGACAAAGGAUGGUUUGUCGGAAACCUCAUGCCCGCUUCUAAAUCUGAAAAGAACAAAUUUAAAGUUGAAUCUAAACAGAGAGUUGAAUAUCAUAAUCCACCUACUCCUAAAGCCGUUCAGUUGGAUCAGUCGCCUAAUGAUUGGGAGGCUGUGUAUGGUCACUGGAAUGAAUCCAGAGCUCCAAAAAGAUACAGUUCGCAAAGGAGACCAUCUUUGGUCAGAAUUGAGUGAUAUUGCUUAAUGAUACAAUUAUGAACAGAAUUAGAAACUUAUUGCACUGGUGAACCAAGGGGCUCCCUAAGUUGGACCAAAAGGAUUUUCCAUAAAGGCCCCAUAUGAACUAUAUUUUCAAACUUUAAAUGGGGCCUCAUGUAUGUUAGUGUCCCUCUGAUUAUUUCCAGAUUUUUAAUUACAUCGUGAUA